CCUUCUGACACGCUACUCGUAUCCUCCUCUUCCUCUCCUCUCCUCUACAUAUCCAAUCCACCACUUUUCACUUAUUCAUUCAUUAUGCUGCCCAAUUCUUGCGGCCCAUCCUCAUCACCUUCAUGACUGACUCCGACCCGCCAUAAACUCCUUCUCCUUUGAGUGGAUGAGGGGCCACCUUCCGUUGCACAUCUACCAUGUCGGCGCCCUUGUCCAAUAUCAGGGUCUUUGUACAAUGGACAGAGCAGACGGUCUUUGCCGGCGAGGAUAUCGAAUGCGAAAUCACUUUUAAAAAUAUCGCCACGACCACUGCGCAUACGAACACCUCAUCACGAACAUCCUUACAUCCUUCGUCUGCUACGGGGAAUGGAAUUGGAAUCGGAAUUGGGAAUGGGAAUGGCUUCGCGCCAGGAGGAGACCGACCGAGAAAGGCCUCAGUACAAAAUAAUGGCUCUGCCAGUCCGCGGCCUCGCCCGCCGAAAUCACAAAAAGGCCACAAGGCGACGCUGUCGUUAAAUGCGCCAGUCUCGGUGCAUUCUCACCGGGUCUCGGACUCUUGGGACACCGCGCCAGUAAAUGGGGUUAAAACAGGAAAUGGUCACAGUCGUUCUGUAUCAAUUAUUUCUAUAGCCGCCAGUGAAACCAGCACAACUGGGGGUUCUACUACUGCAAACGGUAGCAGUGUGAUUGAUCGACCAGGAAGGCCAAGGGGCCAUAGUCGCUCAGCCAGUUUACAGAUAGUACCCAGAAGAAACGGCGUCAAUGGAGGUCCUCCUUCCGGUAAGAACUGAAGCCCUCUUCUAGAUGGUUACAGAGUCUAAUCUUUGAAAGCUCCUCUUGGACACCGAUCUUCAACACAUCCAUCUCCUCUCCUCGUAUCCUCAUUCUCGCCUAUCAGUAAAGAAUAUAAUUUACCCGAGAGGUAUCGACAGUCCGGUAUUCAAACUGCGCCGGGCACACCAAAUCUUCCGGGUUCUCCCAAUGAAAGAAGAAAACUGGGAUCAAAUCCGCCAGAAUUCAAAUUUCCUCCAGCCUCACCUCUAGGUUCUAGGGAUCAAAAUGGCGGUAGUAACUCUCCAGAUACACAAUUGCUUUCCCCACGACCUAAAGAUACCACUCCUGGACCAAAAGACCACUCGGGACCUCUAGCCCGAGUUUUAUCGCCAUUGAGUGUCCUAGGAACCCCACGCAGCAGUGGCGAGUUUUAUUCCCUGAGCAAUAACUCUACAGAGACUCUUGCGUCCGAGUAUGUCCCACAGCAGGGAGGAAGAAUCGCAGCUUAUGGAGGCCAUUCAAGGCGCCCUUCUAAUCUAGCACCGAUAAAUCACCAUCGACCACCGGAAACGUUGAUGAUGGGAUAUGCUCAAGUCCAAGGUUCUUUCAUUUGUGACGGGUCGCUAAUCAGCCAAGCUCCUUUCGAGGAAGUCAAACGGAAGGGCGCAGUGGGGGGUCAAGGUGGUGGUGUCAUUGGGCUAGAAACCAACAAAAGGAAUAGUGGUCUCCUCAGGAAUUUUGGAUGGGGUAGUAUUAGCGAGUCGAUUGGUGGUAUACUUGGAAAUGGUGAACUCAGCAGCAUCAAGGACAUGAGGGGUGUUGCGAGUUCUCGUGCGGUACCAUUGCUGUCCACUCCGCAGUCGAUCCUUUUUGUCGACCUCCGCCUUGCUGCUGGAGAAAGUAGGAGCUACAAAUACGCUUUCAAACUUCCUCGGGGCCUCCCACCAAGUCAUCGUGGAAAAGCGAUCAAGAUCUCUUAUAAACUGAUUAUUGGCACUCAGAGGCCUGGCGGGGCUAAAGAGCAGCAAGUAAAAUCGGUAGAGGUACCCUUCCGAAUAUUGGGAAGUGUGAACACCCACGGAGAACUUCUUGGUCAUGAUUUGAUGUCUCCAUACAUUAUCCUUCGUGACCAAGCCCGCGUCAAGGUAAUUGAAAGCUCGCCAGAAGCUAUGCCGGGGAUUUUCAAAAGCCUCGAAAUUGAUACAGCCCCAAAUGCAACCCAGUCAACACUAACUGAGUUUUUGUCAUAUGUUGAUGAACUGCUUAAUCGACCUCAUCCUAGCGCAGGACUUCUAUCACCAACGGCUGAUCAUCGAGGCCGUCGCCGUUCAUCGGUGGUCGAGGAACCCGUCACGGUAAAAGAAGCAAUAGACAUGGCUAUUUUGCGAAGCAAUAUCACGAGUGGGUCACAACAAAGUGCCAACCGGUUCGAAAUUGCGCGCAGCGGGAAACGUGUGGCUGUAGUCUUACUUGCUAGGCCGGCCUACCGUUUAGGCGAAACAGUCACUGCGGCUAUCGACUUCACCGACGCAGAUAUACCAUGCUAUGCUGUUCAUAUGUCAUUGGAAACAUCUGAGAAAAUCGAUAAUUCGAUUGCUUUGCGUUCGGAGGCCAGUGUGCUUCGCGUCACUCGCAAGGUCCAUGUGUCUCAUUCCGAGUCGACCCUUUUUGCAAGACGAGUGGUCUUCUCGCCUGCAAUACCUAUUUCAGGAACACCCGAGUUCAUAACCAGUGGAGUCAGCCUCGAAUGGCGAGUACGAAUUGAAUUCGUCACUCCCCGACUAUCCUUCAUGGAUAACGAAAUUACGGCAGUCAAGGAAGAUCUUUUAGAAGAGAUAGCCCGGGAUGAUCGGGGCGUCACUCUUGCUUCAGCAGAAGUAUUAGACUGUGAGAGCUUUGAGAUCGCGGUUCCUAUCCGGGUUUACGGCGCAUUGGCUGGAAAUACAGAACGAGAUGAGAAUUUGGUUGAUGGGCUUGUAGUAUAAGGAGGAAGGGAAGGAAAGGGGAUCGGGCGGCAUUUGUUUGCGGCGGCGUUGGGUACAUAAAGAGGCGUAAAAUUCUUUAUGGGCAUGUGUCAUAUGGUUGACUUUGGCUUUCAACAUUCUUGUUUAGUAGCCUGCUGUUGUUAAAAUUAAGAUUUAUUUUUUUGGUGGAGGCGUCUAGAGAGAAUGGGAUGGAAUAUAAUUUAAAGCCGGGCCAGAAUCUAUUUCAUCAGGAU